AUGCAACAACGACCGUUCGGCUUUGAAUCAUUCGCUCAACCAUCUUUCCCUUCUGCCUUCUCCCAGCAGAGCGGCUUUUAUGCGCCUAGAUCGACAUUUUCCAGCUUUCAUGCUCCACCACAACCCCAAACACUCUUCAGUAAAGGCUGGUCACGACCUGGUCAAUCAUCAUUCACUGGUGAUCCGUAUUCACAGUUCAGUCAGCCUUCCCCAGGAUUUCGGCCUGGUUUUCCUCGUCCUGGUUAUCCCGGGUCCUUCGGCGGACCUCAUCCUAACGUGAUCUACCCUAAUCAAAGAGCACAACACACUGGCGCCCCCUCCUUCGCUGGCAGUAUUCAGUCUGGCAUGCACAGUGAAUCUUUCCGAACACGAUCGCAAAGGUCUUUCAUCUCCAAAAGUCGUGAUGAAGAUGGCUUUGACGGACCAUGGAAAGGAGGUAGUGUUCGAGAUAUGUAUCGAGAUCAUCUUCAGGCUCAUCGCGACGCUCAAGCUCGACAGGCUGAACAGGCCAGUAAGCACAUUGGCGAUUGCUUCGAUUCAGUGAAGGCCAAAAUAGAUGAUUGUCUUUCUCAAUCUAAAACCGAUGGUUGCACGGUUGAGACACUAAUGGAAAAGCAAGAUGAGUUAAAUCAAGCUUGGUUCGGUUUCGCCAGUUCUCUGCAAGAGCGGAUCGAGCAUGAACAGAACAUAUCGGAGCUUAACUUCUUAAUGGGUAAUUUAGAUGCUAAGCGCUAUAACGAAGCUUCGGUUGCUGAUCUGAAGAAGAAUUUCGAACGGUAUGGACCGAUAAGCAAAUCGGAUGAUGACGGCAAACCUGUCAAAUCCCCUUGGUCCUUCUCUAUCUCAGAGAUCAGUCGAGACUCCACUUUCAACGAUGAUGACAGGAUCCCCUUCUCGGACGAUUCUGAUGAAAGCGAAAGUGACCUGCGGCAAUUUACAUCUCGAGGUCAAGGAAGUGCUCCCCGCUUCAGUCAAGGUAUAUCUGGGGGUAUGAACGGUUCAUCGAUGGGCUCAUCGCGAUUCGGUGGUACGGGAUGGAUGGGACCAUCUUUCUAUCCUUCAGCUUCGGCUACGGGAUGGAACAACUCCACUGGAUCUGGAUAUCGACCUAGUACAGUGUUCACAUCUGGCUGGGGCGCAUCACAACAGCCUUCAGCUUUUUCGGGCUGGAAUGGUCAGUUCAGAGGAUUCGGACCUGGAGCUGGAUUCAGCGGACCUGGUCAACCUAGCUCGACCGCUUGGUCUCGCACUUUCUCGUUUGGUCGAUAG